GCCGACUAGUUUGACGCCACGCCAUUUUGUUAAAGCAACAUGGAAUAUUAAUAUUGAACUGCAAAAGUAGUGGAAUUAAAAGCUCUGUAAAGAAACUUUGUGCUGAAAAUAUUUAAAGGCGCGUUUAUUUUAACAAGUCCUUCCGAUGAAUGUGUCGUAAUAUAACUCUAGGGGGAAAAUAAAUUUACCGGCAUCAUCGGUAGAAUACCCUGUAUCACAGAACAUAAGCCCUGUAUAUUGUACAUUCGUUUUUGUUUUAAUUGUUAAAGGGUAACGUUGGCUUCAUGAUGUAUACGGGGACUAACACUGAACAGGACAAUCGGUUUAGUGAUAAGGAAAAAAAGCUGCUAAAGCAGAUGAAGUUUAGUGACUGCCUUAGUCAACGGGUUGAUAUGUCUAAAAUUAAAUUGGACGUUAUCAAACCAUGGAUCCAAGAUAAGUUGACAGAAAUAUUGAAGAUAGAUGAUGAUGUAGUGGUUGAUUUUGUUUAUAACCAACUGGAAGAAAAAUACCCUGAUCCUAAAAAAAUACAAAUUAAUUUGACUGGAUUUUUACAUGGCAAAAAUGCUAGGGAAUUUAUGGCAGAGCUUUGGGCGUUAUUGAUAUCAGCCCAAGAAAAUCCUACUGGUAUUCCAGAUUCUUUGAUAGAUUUAAAACGAGAGGAAUUAGCUAAGAAAAAGGAAAAAGAGGAGAAAGAAAGGGAAAAGGACCGCGACCGUGACAAGGAGCGAGAUCGUGAUCGCGACAAGUCAGACAAGGAGCGAAAAUACCGCGAUAGGGACCGAUCAAGAUCGCGACGUUCUCGUUCGCGAUCUCGGCAACGGAGACGAUCUUCCGGACGACACAACGACAAGAGCAAGGAGAGCCGCGACAGGAAGUCAAGGAGCAGAGACAGGAAAUCCAGGAGCCGGGACAGGAAGUCCAGGAGCCGGGACAGGAAGUCCAGGAGUAGAGACAGGAAGUCUAAGAGCAGAGAUAGAAAAUCCAGAAGCAGAGACCGUGUCGCAAAUGUCAAAAACGACAGAAACAGUGUGGACCGGAAGUCGAGGAGCCGCGAGAGGAGGGGCGAGAGCAACGAUCGGAAGUCGACCAGCCGAGACAGAACGAGUCGUUCGAGGAGCCGAUCACGAUCAAUUGAUAAAAUUCCGGAAGCGAAAAACAACGGAAACGCGAGUCCUAACGAGCGCGCUAACAACGGCCGGGACGCUUCGGAUAUGCCCGAGCUGGAAAAAGGCGCCGUUAAGCACGAUACGGCGGUGCCAGUCUCUAAGCUGCAGGUGAAGCUGAUGUCGAUGGCGGAAAACUCCAAGGGGACCUCCAGAUCACGCAGCAGGUCGCGUAGCAGGUCGAGGAGGUCGCGUUCGUCUAGCAGAUCUUCGUCAAAGGGGAAGCGAUCGCGGUCUAGGUCGAAGGACGAAGGCGCCAAGGACGGCAAGAGCAGGAGAAGCAGGAGCAGCUCGACAGGAGGUUCGAAACGUGGAUUCGAGAUCAGGAAAAAGGAGGACAGCGUGCAAAAGAAGCGCCACUAUCGUUCUAACAAGGAGAGCUCGGACAGCGAGGCCGAAGGUAGGCGGAAGCGGUCGAGGUCGAGGUCGAAUCGGCGCGGUGGCGGCAGGCGCAACACCAAGGAUCGCAGCAGCCCGAGGAGAAAGCGGAGCCUGUCGAAGAAACGCAGCCUGUCACGCAAACGGUCGACUAGUAGAAAGAGGAGUCUCUCCAGAAGACGUAGUCUAUCGAGGAGCAAGAGGAGCUUAAGUCGAAGAAGGCGCAGCCCUUCGAGAAACCGCCGCAGCCCGUCACGUAGCAGACCGAGCCCGAGGCGAAGACGCAGUUUUAGCCGUCGCAGGAGCCCGAGCAGGAACCGAGGAGUCGGAGCAGGAGCACGCGGUAGGCGCAGCAGGAGCCGAAGAAGCCCGAGCAGGAGACGUCGCAGCAUCAGCAGAGGCGGCAGGAGAAACAACAGCAGAGAUCGGUUGGAUAGGCGUUUUGCUAGAAGAAGUCGAAGCAGGAAUUACAGGAGAUCGCCUCCUAUAAGACGUCGAUCCAGAUCAAGGGAUAGGCGUUCCAGGUCUAGGCAUCGUAGCAGUCUACACAGAAAGUCGCCAAUACGUUCUUCAAGAGAUAUACCUCCCAGAAAACCUAGUCGAAGUCCAGUUCGAAACGAUAAAAAAGAUCGUGACAGCUCACGUGAACCGAAACCUUCUCCUGUUCCGAAGAAGUCCGAGUCGAAGAAAGAAGACCCGGCACUGAGAAAAUCUUCGGAAGAACGACCGAAACGCGAAGAACGCAACGAGAAAAAGGAAGAAAAGCGUAAAUUAAGCACGUCGGAGAACCACGGUGCGCUAGAAGUAAAGUCUAAGGAAAAAGAAAGGAAGAAGUCGCGGAGUAUAAGCCCGGAAAAGAAGAAGUACCCAAUACCGCCCCACGGACCUCCCAGGUACUCUCGAAGCUUGUCUCGCACCCCGUCGCCCUUCAUCAAGGCCAAGGAGUUUCCGCCCAAAAAAUCCCAAGCCGUCAAAGAAGAAAAGAGAAAGCAUAAAGAAAAAGCCGAAGCUAAGCCUAAGAAAGUAUCCAAGAAGAUUUCCCGUAGCGAAAGUGAAUCGUCAAGCGAUUCGGAAAGCGACGAACCAAGGGAGAAAGAAAAGGACAAAAAGAAGAUUAAAGUUAAAAGGAAGCCUAAGAAACGCGACUCUAGUUCAAGCGACAGUGAAGCUGAACGUUCUUCGAAGAGUCCCGUAGACGUGGAGAAAAGGAAGAAAAAGAAACGUGACAGUAGCGAGGAGAAACCCGCGAAAAAGAGACACCAAAGUUCCGAUUCUGAAGACGAUAGGAAAUCUCGUAAGAAACGAAGAUCCAUAAGUUCGGACAAAACAAAAAAGCCCAAUAAACGUGACGAAUCAAGCGACAGCGAGUCGCCUAAAAAGUCGAAGAAAAAACAGGACAGCAGCGACGAAACAGACAAGGAAAAAUCGAAGAAACACAAGAAAGACAGUUCGUCUGAUAGCGACGACGAUUCUUCGAAGAAACGCAAACACAAGAGGAAGAAGUCGGGAAGCGAGUCGGACCUAGAGGAGGAAUCGAAAAAACGGAAGAAGGAUAAGAAACACAAGAAAAAGAAGAAGCACUCUAAAAAACACAAGAAACACAAAAAGAAGAAGGCCGACAGUGAGGAGUCGGAUAACAGUGAUGUGGAGAUUGUAAAUGAGGACGAGAAAAAGUUGCGCGAAAAAGCGCUUAAGUCGAUGAAACGGCAAAACUCAAGCGAUAAGUCUGAGUAACAUUUUUUUUUCGUUUUCGUAAAAAAGUUAUCUAUUAAAUACCUAAUUAAAUUAGAAUUAUGAGUGAAGAAUUAUUGUGCAUUGUUUUUGUCAUUCAUUCCGUACGUUGAUGUCUUAAUAAAGUUGAUAUGAAUGUGGGAU